AAGGAGCUGAGUAUGGAAUCUAGCAAUCUAGACCGUCCAUUGUUAUUCACAAGAUCGCACGCCUCAUGAGCCACAGCGAUCGAACAUUCUGGAAACACGAACUCCAUUAACGCUAUAUAAAGCCAAGGAACGGGCAGUUUCUUCGUCAUUACCGCAAACCCUAGUAGCCUGUAGGGUUUGUUCUCUGUUGCUUUUGUGUUUAUUUCGUCGUUACAGUUUUAAAGUUUUUUUGUUUUGUUUCUGAGACCCUUAAGAAUGGCCGGUAAGGGAGAGGGUCCAGCCAUUGGAAUAGAUCUCGGAACCACAUACUCUUGCGUUGGAGUAUGGCAACACGAUCGUGUCGAGAUCAUAGCCAACGAUCAGGGAAACCGAACGACUCCGUCUUACGUUGCGUUCACAGAUUCGGAGAGGUUGAUUGGCGAUGCAGCAAAGAACCAGGUCGCCAUGAAUCCAAUCAACACCGUCUUUGAUGCAAAGAGGUUGAUUGGUAGGAGGUUCACUGAUGCCUCUGUUCAGAGUGAUAUUAAACUCUGGCCAUUCAAGGUGAUUGCUGGACCAGGUGACAAGCCCAUGAUUGUCGUCACCUACAAGGGUGAGGAGAAGCAAUUUGCUGCUGAAGAGAUCUCUUCAAUGGUUCUCAUCAAAAUGCGUGAGAUUGCCGAAGCUUACCUUGGAUCAACCAUCAAAAAUGCUGUGGUCACUGUCCCUGCAUACUUCAAUGACUCUCAGCGACAGGCCACCAAGGAUGCCGGAGUCAUUGCAGGUCUCAAUGUCAUGCGUAUCAUCAAUGAGCCCACUGCUGCUGCCAUUGCUUAUGGUCUUGACAAGAAGGCAACCAGUGUAGGCGAGAAGAAUGUCUUGAUUUUUGAUCUUGGUGGUGGUACCUUUGAUGUCUCUCUUCUCACCAUUGAAGAGGGUAUUUUUGAAGUCAAGGCCACAGCUGGUGAUACGCAUCUUGGAGGUGAAGAUUUUGAUAACAGAAUGGUGAACCAUUUUGUUCAGGAGUUCAAGAGAAAGAACAAGAAGGAUAUUAGUGGCAAUCCUAGAGCACUGAGAAGGUUGAGGACUGCCUGUGAGAGGGCAAAGAGAACCCUCUCAUCCACUGCUCAGACCACCAUUGAAAUUGAUUCCUUGUAUGAGGGAAUUGAUUUCUACUCCACCAUCACCCGUGCCAGAUUUGAAGAACUUAACAUGGAUUUGUUCAGAAAAUGUAUGGAACCAGUUGAGAAGUGUUUGAGGGACGCCAAGAUGGACAAAAGCACCGUCCAUGAUGUUGUCCUUGUCGGAGGCUCCACCAGAAUUCCCAAGGUCCAGCAGCUGUUGCAGGACUUCUUUAAUGGAAAGGAGCUGUGCAAGAGCAUCAACCCAGAUGAGGCUGUUGCUUAUGGUGCUGCAGUCCAAGCUGCCAUCUUGAGUGGUGAGGGUAAUGAGAAGGUGCAAGAUCUCCUCCUCUUGGAUGUUACUCCUCUGUCACUUGGUUUGGAAACUGCUGGUGGUGUCAUGACCGUGUUGAUUCCAAGGAACACGACCAUACCCACAAAGAAGGAGCAAGUUUUCUCAACAUACUCCGACAACCAACCUGGUGUGCUAAUCCAAGUUUAUGAAGGAGAAAGAACCAGGACAAGGGACAACAACUUGCUUGGUAAAUUUGAGCUAUCUGGCAUUCCUCCUGCUCCCAGAGGUGUUCCACAGAUUACUGUGUGCUUCGACAUUGAUGCUAAUGGUAUCUUGAAUGUGUCUGCCGAGGACAAAACCACUGGACAGAAGAACAAGAUCACCAUCACCAACGACAAAGGAAGACUUUCAAAGGAGGAAAUUGAGAAGAUGGUUCAAGAAGCAGAGAAGUACAAGUCCGAGGAUGAAGAGCACAAGAAGAAGGUUGAGGCAAAGAAUGCAUUGGAAAACUAUGCAUACAACAUGAGGAACACAGUGAAGGACGAGAAGAUCGGAGCCAAGCUUUCUCCAGCUGACAAGAAAAAGAUUGAAGAUGCCAUUGAGCAGGCAAUUCAAUGGCUGGACAACAAUCAACUUGCAGAGGCUGAUGAAUUUGAGGACAAGAUGAAGGAGUUGGAGAGCAUUUGCAACCCGAUCAUUGCCAAGAUGUACCAGGGUGCGGGUGCUGAUGCGGGUGGAGCUGAUGAUGAUGUACCUCCUGGUGGAAGUGGUGCUGGCCCUAAGAUUGAAGAAGUUGACUAAAUCAUGCUAUGAUAUCUUAUGUUGCACUUUUAUUUUGGUUUUUCCAUUAUUUAAGACAUUAAACUUCAAACUUUCAUGCCAUUUGUUUUUUCCCCCCGCUUUUUUGUUGAGAUUUUUGGUUAUGAUUCGGGGCUUUGGAAGUGUACAAAGCCGAUUAUCUGUUUUUCUGAAUUCUGAUUUUAUAGGAACAAUGGAAAUUAUUGCCUGGAACUCUAUUAUCCAGGGCUGUAUUUUUAGA